AUGGCCACCAUUUCCCCCGUUCAUGGAGGCGGCGAACUCGUCGACCGCUAUGUCACCGAGCUCGCCGAUGCUGAGACUCUCCCCAAGGUCGUCGUCAAUGAUGUUGACAUGACCUCUUUGUACCGUAUCGCUGACGGAACCCUCUCCCCGCUCACUGGACCAAUGGUCAAGGACGACUAUGACACUGUCCUCAAUGGCAAGCACAUUGUUCGCGACGGCAAGAAGUGGGCCUGGGCCAUCCCUAUCUGCCUUCCCGUCACCGCCGAGGAGGCCCGAUCUGCUCCCGAAGGCGCCAAAGUUGCCCUCUUCUCCGAAUCCCAGUCCAAGGUCUUCGGUAUCCUCAGUGUCAGCUCCUUGUUCGAAUGGGACAAGGCCGCCUUCAUCAAGUCGGUCUAUGGCACAGAGCGUGUCGAUCACCCGGGUGCCCGCCUGUGGAUGAACGACGAUCGCUCCACGUUCAUCGGUGGGGAACUCUCCGUCCUUCCGUAUGACGACCCUCGCGAAUUCAAGGACAACAUCUUCAGCCCCUCUAAGAUGCGCGCCUACCUUGCCGAGAAGGGCUACGGCGCCUCCAUCGCUUUCCAGACCCGCAACCCUCUCCAUCGCGCUCACGAGUACGCCCUCGUCUACGGUGCCGAGUCUCUCUUGCGCGCUGUCGGCGAUGAGAAGAAGGUUGGCGUCUUCCUCAACCCGCUCGUCGGACAGCUCAAAGGCGAUGACGUUCCGGCCAAGACUCGCAUGCAGACCUAUGCCCGACUUCUAGAUGGCGGUUUCUUGGGAGAAGGCGAUAUGGAUGAGGAGCUCUGGAAGGCCAAGAAGCAGAACCUCAAGGAGCAGGUCAAGCUGGCCGGUUUGGACAUGCGCAUGUUCUACGGUGGCCCUUCCGAGGCUGUCAUGCAUGCUAUCUACCGCCAGAACCUCGGUAUCACCCACUUUAUCAUCGGACGUAAGCACGCUGAUGCCCCGUAUGAUGACAAGUCUGCCAUCUGGGGAGACUUCGACGCUCAGGAGAUCUUCCAGAACCUUGAGGGUGAGCUCAGCAUUAAGACUGUCAACGUUGGUUUCGCUGCCUACUUUGAGGAACUCAGCCGCGUCGCACUUGUUGCCGAUAACAAGGACAAGAAAUCUGUCAGUAUCUCGGGGACUAAGGUUCGUGAGAUGCUUAACCGCGGGGAGAAGCCAGAUGAGCGCGUCAUGCGCCCAUCCACCGCUGAGGUCCUGAUCCAGUACUACAAUGAAAAGAACGCUGCCAAGAACUGAGCGCACUUAUUGUUUUUGUCUCGGUGCCCGCCGCCACCCUUGACUGUGCCACCGUGCAUAGGGGGUGCCCCGGUGGCCUUUUUUUGCAAGAUGAAAAUGGAUUUGUAAUGUCAUAUACAGCCGCAUUAAGCCGAUCCUGCCUUACCAAAUAAAGAGUCGUUUUGCAGUCACCUCUAUUAUUCUGACUUCUGAGGCCUCUCCUGUGGCACUGGAGAGCGUAGAAUAAAGUUGUGCCACGAGAAGCA